AUGUCGGAUCAUUUCGGACAGCAGGGCGACCAGGGCCAGUCCAGCAAGGGUCCAGUCAAGCCAAAUACGGACACAAAGAUUGAAGGCCGUGGGCUCCCUUUCAUGCCCAAGGCGUCGAAGUCUGGCGGUUCUGACCGGGGUCAAUCUGCUGUCGACACCAAGGGCAAGUCUGCUGAUGCCAAGGGCAAAUCCGUUGAGACCGGUUCCACUGGAGAGGCAUCUGGCUCGUCGAAGCCUCGCCAUCCUACUUUCAAGGAUAAGGGAAAAGGAAAAGAGACUGUCUUCAAGGGCAAGGAUAAAGCAAAAGAGACUGUCUUCAAGGGUGAAGCACCUGGUCCGUCGGCUCCUCGCAACCCUACUGCCGAGGCCAAGUCCGAGUCCGAAUGGGAGGAUGAAGAUGACUUGGUUACAGCCGGAGAAGUUUGCCUACCGCUCGACAUGGUCCAACGCUACAAUCUUUUCAAGAGCGGCAACAUUUUCGAACGCCCCGGCGUUUUCAAAGCCAACCCGAACGUCGAUUUCCCCCCAGUGAUGCGUGAACUCGCUGAGGAAGCCCUCAAGGCAGUGUUCGGGAUGACGCAACAGGUUCAUCCUGAUACGAUGCCGCCACCUGGAACUCCAAACCCGUUCAGGAACCUUCGUCCAGUUGGGCGUUUUGAUGAACAGGGGAACUACCACCAACUCGAGCCCCCAAACACAGACCCCGAUGAGACCUGCCACUACAGAGUCAUCACCGGACAGACCCACGACCCCUGCACCUGCGUCUCCCCGAGCGACGAUGAAGAAACCGAGAUGGCCGCAAAGGGGUCGGCGUCGGACAAGAAGGCGGAAUAG